AGCCUGAAUUAUCCGACUUGAUGCCGGUGCCGGUGAUGCCGGUCUGGCUGGCGCGAAUAGGCGUGAUCGCAAUUAUAUGUCCGACGUGUUUCUAUCAGCCCCUCAAAUAAUUCAAUAACAAGCUCAUUGAUAAUACAUUUAGCAAAUGAUAAAUAUAACGCUUACAGAAAUGGAGCCAUUAAAAAUACAUUUAGAUUCUUUAGAGAUGGCUGGAAAAAUGGUAGAUAAGCAUAUUAUUGCAGACAGUAACUUUCCAUCUUUAAUUAAUCUUAUGCGAUACAAUGUGCAAGGUGGACCAACUGUUAGUGGCCUUGAUGAUCAUGAUUAUCCUAACUUAAAUGGUGCAUCAAUAAGCUUAACAAAUAUUAAUCAAAUGAAAAUACAUAGCAAAAUUCCUUUGCCUUCAGAAGUGAUGGAGCAUUUUGGUCAUAUGCAAUGUCAUUGCAUGAUGGGGCUUUUUACAGAAAUUUCAAAAGCAUGGCUCACAAUUGACAGUGAUAUUUAUCUAUGGUCCUAUGAAAACGAGUCUGAUGUUGCUUACUUUGAUGGUUUAAAUGAAACUAUCAUAAGCGUAGGCUUAGUAAAACCCAAGGCAGAUAUUUUUCAGCUUUAUGUUAAAUACUUAUUAAUUCUUACAACAACAGUAGAAAUAACUAUUCUCGGUGUUACAAUACUUGAUGAUACAAAAGAAGUGCAGUUAGUUCCAGAACCAAUUUUUACUGUUACUACUGAUGGAGUAGGAAUUACUACAAUUGCUAAUACCAAUAGUGGUAGAAUCUUUCUCGGUGGUAGAAAUGGCUCACUAUUUGAAAUAUAUUAUCAGGCAGAGAGCAGUUGGUUCGGUAAACGAUGUAAAAAAAUAAAUCAUUCAGAAGGUCCGUUAUCGUUUCUAAUACCUUCAUUUGUUACUAUGGCAUUGUCAGAAGAAGAAGCUAUAAUACAGAUAUCUGUGGACGAUUCGCGAAAUAUUUUAUAUACUUUAGGUGAUAGAGGUACAAUUACAGUUUGGGAUAUUAGCAAUGGUGGUGCAUCUAGAAUUACAUCAUUAUCUCAAGCGUCUUUGGUACAAACUACUGUUAAUGUUGUUAAAACUUUGGACAGUAACAACUUUCGACCUCUCGUAAGCAUAUCGGCGAUAACGGAAUCCGAAUCAGUACAUUUAAAUUUGGUCGUUGUUGCGGCGACUGGAACUCGUUUUUACUUCAGUUGCACCUCAGUUACGAAUCCUUCAAGUAGACCACAAGGUUUACAAUUAAUACAUGUUAGAUUACCACCAGGCUAUGCUGCAAAUGCUCCGGUAAUGAGACCACGCAAAGUGCAAAUGGCAUAUUAUCGAAAGGGAACUCUUAUUCUUAUUUGCGGUGGUGACACGGAAACUGCAUGGUGUUUAAGUAAUGACGCUUAUCCAUUUACAAAUUAUUUGGCUGAAACUCAGAGUAUCUUGCCUCUUGAUAGUCCAGCUUGGGCUAUGGAAGAGAUUAUAAGAGAUUCAGCUAUACACAUAGAAAAGCAAAGCACCACUCAAGGUGAACCUCCACUUUUAGUGCGUCAACACAUGGAACCACCAAGGAAAUUCAUAUUUUUGACAGCACAAGGGGCGAUAAUUUUAAUGCAAGUACGUCCUGUAGAUAUUCUGAGACAACUUCUUUUAGAACAACGUGGACCUGAUACUGAAGCAGUACGCGCAUAUUUUCAAACGCAAUCUCUGGAACAAGCUUGUGCUACAUGCUUAAUUUUGGCAACACUUGAAAGUGCUCAAAAUGCUCAGUUGUCAGAAUGGGCGACCCGUGCAUUCUUCCUAUAUGGUAGUCAAAGGAUAGCUGGAAUAGGUCCUGCAUUUGAUAUGCAUGGUUUUUCUAGUAUAAAUCCAGCAGAUUUACGCACAUCUACACCUAGAGUGCCACCCUUCGAUUCUCGAGCCCAAGCCUUCCGAUCACCCGCACAAAUGGGUCUCGGCACCACAGAUAUUGCCUUACAACAUUUCUCUGCUAAACAUAGUGGAUUGUAUCUGUAUGUGGGAAGAAUACUUCGUCCUAUAUGGAAUAUAAGAUGUAUAAAACAAGAAAUGAUAAAUAACAAAAAUGUGAUAUCCAGUACUGUACCAGCAACACAAAUAACUUGGAUUUUAGGACAUUUGCAAGCAUUAAGAUGUUUCUUGAAUAAAAAUACGCAUAUCACAAAACAACAAAACACAAAUAGAACAUUAACAGAUGGUUUUGAAACGACAAUUCAAAGUCAUUUUCAAGAACCGAUUGUAGAAGAAAGAAACUCGUUGGAUGCUUUAAAAGUUUUCAUUACUCAUGCCUGUGAGGUCUUGGGUUUAUGGAAGAUAUUAUGUGAGAAUCGGUUAAAUAACAUUAUCAACUGUUUAUCAAAGGAUCAGAUUGCUCAAUUUUCUACUGCCACUUUUAGAGAUUUGAUUUUAAUAGGCCAUGAGAUAUCUUCUCUACUCAUCAUUCAUUUGAUUGAUAGUUAUCUUGGAGAUAAUGCAUCAGUGGAUUCUGUAAGCGCAAAAUUAAGAGAAAUAUGUCCCAAUCUGUACAGAACUGAAGACGCUGUUUGCUCCAAGGCGAACGAAAUUCUCCUAAAAGCGAAAAAUUGUACGAAUCCUGAGGAAAAAGAAUGUUAUCUUAAAUCUGCUUUAAAGCUUUGUAAAGAGGUAGCACCCAGAUUGAACUGGAGUGCAGUAUGUCAGCAGUUUGUGGCAUGCCAAUUUUACACGGGAGUACUUGAAUUGUGUAUCUGCUGUGCAGAAAGAGUAGAUCCCAAUAAUGCUGCCUCGCAUUAUUACAAAAAUAACGAACCUAUAGAGGAUCAAGAAGGAAAUCUGGCUUUUGCAAAACGUUCGGAAAUUUAUAAGGAAUUCACUACAAUGUUAGAUCACUUAUAUCAUCAAAGCAUCUCUAAUCCUUUAACACCGACCAUACCAAGCAAACCUGGGCCACCUUUGCAAACUACAUCAGCUACUACAGUAACACCAGCGAAAAAGAUAUUGCACGAGAUCAUUGGCGAUGCACUGCAAGCACCUUGCGAGACACUUCACUCCUGUAUUUAUACUUGGAUGAUAGAGCGAGGACUUCACGGUGAAUUAAUUGCACUCGCUGCACCUUCGCUGGAAACUUACCUUAAUCGUAUUAAUGCGCCUGAAUUACUCUGGCAGUUUUACGAGAGGAACAAAAAUCACGCAGCCGCGGCAAAAAUUUUGGAUUCUUUAGCUAGCAAAGUCGGGUCAGAGAUACCACUGUCAAAAAGAGUCGAGUAUUUAGCACGAGCGGUUGUAUGUAUGCGAAGUGAUCAAACUGGAUAUGCUCCUUAUCUUGGAGUUUUCUUACGUGAAUUAGAAGAUAAAUUAGAAGUAGCUAGGAUGCAACAACAGAUACUUGAUAUUAUAAGCAAUCAGCAAAAUCUGUUCGAUUCUAUGUUAGUUACGGAUGCAAAAUUGAGAUUAAAUUCUUCAUUGCUUGAUAUUACACAGUUAUAUGAAGAAUAUGCAGAACCUUUACAGCUUUGGGAAUGCAAAUUGGCUAUAAUUCAUUGCUCGGGUCAUCAAGAUGAUAUGUUAAUUAAAGGAAUUUGGACAAACAUAAUCGAUAAUGAAUUAGAAAAUGCAACGGAACCUUCAAAUGAAGAUAAAAUGACCAUUUUAAUGAGUAAAAUUAAAUUACUUGGCCAAGAAUAUAUUGGAUCACCGCAUUGUUUCCCAGUUGAUUUUCUAGUAAAACAAUUGGAAAUAAAGGCAUGUAAAUACAAAGUAUCUAACAUUAGUAUCAUAACUGGGUUUUUGGAAUUGGGAAUAGCAAUGGAAGAUCUCUUAGAUAUUUAUGACAAAAUGAUUGGCAAGAAUACCCGUACUUGGUUAAAUGAAGGCAAUGAAUUUCAUCUAAUCGAAUCGACAGCAAAUUUGGUAAAUUAUUUCAUAGCAAAUUCGAACAUAACAAAUAAUUUUAUCAGGAGAAAGAUAAUAACAAAAUGUCAGGAUGUUAUUUCGAAAUGUUUAACAACUCUCUUCAGUAAACCUAAUGGUGGAGAUCUCGAUAAAGAAAUAACAAAUCUGCGAUCAAUCCAAAGUAUAUUGAACCGUAUGUGAAACAGCAAACAUGAAUAUACAUACAGAUUUUAAUAUACUUACAUGAGAAGAAAUCUUUGUGUGGAUUUUUGUGACCUCUAAUUAUUUAACUUUCUCCUGACAAACAAAAGCCAUGUAUUUAUACAUAUAUUAUUACUAUUAGAUAAAUUAACUGCUCAACUUUUAUGAAUCUUUAUUAAGAAGUAUACAAUUUAUUCAGUCAAUUUUACUGUAACCGAUCUUUUAUAAAGUUGUAAAUUCUAAUAAUGCUGUAUCAAAUUAUGUAAAAUUUGCAAAUACAUACAUCUAUGUUAUGUAUUUAAAAGUAUAUUUAUAUAUUUAUACUUACCAAUCAUUUUAUACCAAAUACAUGUCAAAUUGAUUAAAAUCGAAAAAACAAAUAAAAAAAGUGUAAUUAAAAUGUAAAUUUAAAUUUUAUAUAAUAUGCAGAGAGAGAGAGAGAGAGAGAGAGAGAGAGAGAAUUGUUUAAUAUAGAUAUAGAUACUAAAUUAUAUAUAGGAUGGAAACAACAAAAUAUGUAGGACAAAAACUAACAAGUUUUAAAUUGAGGGACCCAGUCUAAGCAAUAAACUAAUAAAACAUAAA